UUUCACAAUCAGUUUGUGGAGCAGAAUCAUGGAUGAAAAACAACUUCUUGCUAUUCUCGUUUCCGUCGCCUGUAUAGCAAUUUCGGAAUGUAAGUGGCCCUUCUUCAGAAAGGAUCCGAACAUAAGAAAGUUUCUAAAAACAGCAGAAGAGAUAUGGACGUACGCUACAAAUGAAAUGACGGCCAUUGAAUGUAAAGUAGAUGUGAAAGAGAGUAUGACCACCAAGUCCAUGGCAUUCAAACGAUCCUAUAUAUACAACAGAAGAAAGAAGAGUUUCAGGCUGCUAGGCCUGUUUGAUGCGAAGCGAUCGGACAUCAUGGUCAUCAAGCCUUCAGGGGACUUUCCGAAGCAGAUAGAAGAAAUUCUCUUCAUGUCUCGAACGCAUAAGUGUGCUGUCAUAAAGGUCACAACGUUUUUCGGAGGAUCCUCAAAAAAGUACGACCUGCGCGUUCUGAAUUCUUCCGUUGAAGAAGGCCCCGACAGAAAAUGCGUGGAACAUUUCUACAAUGUAGCCGGUCGAGGACACAAACUCUAUGAAAACAAGUGCCAGCGCCUAUUCAGGAACAUUUACAACAUACCGUAAAGUACCGCAGUUUCGCAUAAGCACCCUUCAGUCAACAUUUUGUAGACUUCAUACUUCUAAAAAUUGUAUGUUAACCGCCCACCCCCUCGAAAGCGUGAGCAUCAGCCGGAAUAUUCACCCAACUGCGAAACCGCUGGCAGCGAUGAUGGGGAUAUUCGCUUCCUUCGGUGGAAAAGGGAAGACCGACGGGGUUGAAUAUAAUGCAGUGUGUCAACGAGCAGUCCAUGAACGAAAACCCAGUGGUCACAGGGCUUUUGUGAGACACAUCUCGAUGAAGCGUGCACGCAGCCGCUGUUGCCACAGAUUUCCUGCAAUCCGCUAGCCACACGCUGCACUCGUAUACACCGUCGCCAGCGCACCUACACCAGCCUUUGGUCUGUUCAAGUCAGGCCAGUGUCAGAAGCGAAUGCAAUGACCUCCCAAUCUGCACCGAUUCGGAGGAGUCCUUCUCUGCGUCCAGUGGCGAUGAGUAUAGGCGCUAGUGUACGCCAUCACUCGCGGUUUGAAAAUAAACAUGCUUUCUUCGA